AUGGAUACUGUUCGAGCAAGGACAUCUUUCCAAGAUCAACCCCUUGAAAAUGAUACAGACCACGCUCAGCGCUUUGCGGAGACGAUUUCCCUUCUGGGACCACCCCCUCUUGAGUUUCUUAGACGAAGCGAAGAAUCUCUGAAGUUCUGGGAUGAGAAUGAGGAGCUCUGUCAACAUCCCAAGCAAUUCCUUGAGAGUCGUGAAUGUCGACUCCAGGGCGAUGUUAAGAUGCCUUUCCUUGGGUUUGUACGGAAGGCAUUACGGUGGCUGCCUGAGGACAGACCAACCGCGAAGGAGCUCCUAUUGGACGAUUGGUUGAGAGGAAGCGACUAUUAA